CCUUGCCUCAUCCUAUGCCUUUGGCCAUGUAGCACAUGCAAGGAGCAAGCUUGGCCUCGACCACGAGGCAUAAUGAGGCAACAAAAGCUGGAUCAGGUUUGGGGGGCAUUGUUCCUCUUGCCCCAGCUGCUGUGGCAUGGUGGUGAGGGCAAAUGUCUCAAUAACGACUAUGUGAUCAAUGUAAUGAUACUGAGCGACUCUGAUUUUCCAGUGACCACAGAAAAUAUUAAACCAGCUGUAGACAUGGGCCUGGAGCUGGUGAAGCACAUUCUGAAAGACUACAGUGACAAUGUAGGUGUCAAUGCUACAUUUAAUCGCUACAACAACACAUCUCUCUAUGUUUCACAAGGCUGCCGCACUAGCACUUGUGAAGGUGUGGAAGUCAUCAGGACACUCUAUCAUGAUGGUCUGCUUGGAUGUACCGUCCUGGGUCCCACAUGUACCUAUGCCACAUACCAGAUGGUCUCAGUAGAGACUGUUAUGGGACUCCCUCUCAUCUCUGCUGGGAGUUUUGGGGUGUCUUGUGACUUCAAAGAAAACUUAACACGGAUGUUGACUCCAGCCAGGAAACUGAGUUACUUCUUGAUUGAUUUCUGGAAAAAUAAUGGAUUACCAUUCAAGAGCGUCACUUGGGACUCUACCUACCUUUAUAAGAAGGUUAACAACACUGAAGAUUGCUUUUGGUAUAUGAAUGCCUUAGAGGCUCAAGUUACUUUUUUUUCUGAAAGAAUGAAAUUCAAGGAGAUCAUAAGGAGCCCAGAAGACUUACAAGACAUUGUGAGGAAUCCUAAUCGAAAAAGCAAUGUGAUUAUCAUGUGUGGUAUCCCAGAUGAAAUCACCUUAGCCCUAGGGAAUGCAGAGGUGGAUGAAGAUAUUGUUAUUAUCCUGAUAGAUCUCUACAGUAAUCAGUACUAUGAAAAUGCCAACUCAGUUGAAUACAUGAGGCAUGUCCUUGUCCUGACUCUGGCACCAACAAACAAUAGCGCAGUUUCGAAUUAUAGUGGGAUUCCUGUGGAUCCUGAGAAGCUCUAUUUGCUGGAAGAUGACUUCAUUGUUGGCUAUUUGGAUGCUGUCUUGCUUUUCGGCCAUGCUUUGAAAAAACUUCUUUCUAAACAAAAAACAAUAGGUUCUCCUGAUUUUAUCAGCCAAUUUCGGAACGUCACUUUUCAAGGCAUUCUUGGUCCUGUAACCCUGGAUGAAUAUGGAGAUAUUGAUGUCAAUUUCACCCUUUUCUAUACAUCAAUAGAUGUACCUAAAUACAAGAUCCUCUUGCAAUAUGACACACAUCUGAAUAAGACAGUAGUAGGAAAGGAGAAGCCAAAUUUCAUCUGGAAAAGAAAUAUGCUUCCUAAUGAUACUCCUAAUGCUGGCCCACACAUUCUGACUAUAGCUGUUUUCACUCUUACUGGGAUAGUGGUGCUGGUUUUGAUCAUCGCUCUGCUGGUCUUGAGGAAGUACAGGAGAGCCAAUGAACUUCGACAGAAGAGAUGGUCCCACAUUCCACCUGACAAGAUAUUGCCUUUGGAGACCAAUGAGACAAGUCAUGUCAGUUUGAAGAUCGAUGAUGACAAAAGGCGUAAUACUACCCAGAGGCUGCGUCAAGGCAAAUAUGACAAGAAGGUGAUAAUUCUGAAGGAUUUCAAAUUCAGUGAUGGGAAUUUUACAGAGAGACAGAAGAUAGACCUAAACAAGCUCCUUCAAAUUGACUAUUACAACCUAACUAAGUUCUAUGGAACAGUCAAGAUGGACAUGAUGAUCUAUGGAGUGAUUGAGUACUGUGAGAGAGGAUCACUGCGGGAUGUCUUAAAUGAUAACAUUUCCUAUCCUGAUGUUACCUUCAUGGAUUGGGAAUUUAAAAUUUCGGUUAUGUAUGAUAUUGCCAAGGGGAUGUCCUACUUGCAUUCAAGCAAAACGGAGGUCCAUGGGCGCCUGAAAUCUACAAACUGUGUUGUAGAUAGCCGCAUGGUAGUGAAGAUCACUGAUUUUGGCUGCAAUUCUAUUCUGCCACCCAAAAAAGAUCUCUGGACUGCUCCUGAACACCUCCGCUAUGGUGGUGUUUCUCAGAAAGGUGAUGUGUACAGCUAUGGAAUUAUAGCACAGGAGAUCAUACUUCGUAGAGAAACCUUCUACACUAACAAUUGCCGGGAUCAUAAAGAAAAACUUUACAGAGUAGAAAGCAGCAAGGGACCAAGACCAUUCCGACCAGAUCUUUUAUUGGAGACCGAGGGAGAGAAAGAACAAGAAGUAUACCUUCUAGUGAAAAGCUGCUGGGAGGAAGAUCCAGAGAAGAGACCAGAUUUUAAGAAAAUUGAAACUACUCUUGCAAAGAUAUUUAGCAAUUACCACAGCCAAACCAAUGAAAGCUACAUGGACACCUUAAUCCGACGUCUGCAGCUAUAUUCAAGAAAUCUGGAGCAUUUAGUAGAAGAGAGGACUAAGUUAUACAAAGCAGAACGAGACAGAGCAGACAGACUUAACUUCAUGCUUCUCCCAGGGCCUGUAGUAAAGUCUUUGAAAGAAACUGGACUGGUAGAGCCAGAACUCUUUGAAGAAGUCACCAUUUACUUCAGUGACAUUGUGGGAUUCACAACCAUCUGUAAAUACAGCACCCCUAUGGAAGUGGUGGACAUGCUUAAUGACAUCUACAAGAACUUUGACCACAUUCUUGACCAUCAUGAUGUUUACAAGGUGGAGACCAUUGGAGAUGCAUACAUGGUAGUGAGUGGUUUACCGAAGAGAAAUGGCAACUGUCAUGCGGUGGAUAUUUCCAUGAUGGCACUGGAUAUACUGAGUUUUAUGGGCUCCUUUGAACUUCAGCAUCUUCCAGGGCUUCCUAUAUGGAUUCGAAUAGGAAUUCACUCUGGUCCAUGUGCUGCUGGUGUGGUUGGAAUUAAAAUGCCUCGUUACUGUUUGUUUGGAGAUACAGUGAACACUGCUUCAAGAAUGGAAUCUACAGGUUUACCUCUAAGAAUCCAUGUAAGUGGCUCUACUAUUGCUAUACUCAAGAGGACAGAUUGUCAAUUCCAGUAUGAAGAGCGAGGAGAGACAUAUCUGAAGGGCAAAGGAACUGAGAUUACUUACUGGCUGACAGGUGUGAAGGACCAGCAAUAUAAUCUUCCAACACCUCCUUCCGCGGAGAAUCAGCAACGUUUGCAGGCGGACUUUGCUGAGAUGAUAACACACUCUCUUCAGAAAAGGGAAACCGAAGAAUUCCAGGUGCGAGAGAUUUCACACAUGUCUAGUUACUGCAAAGGCACUCUGGAAUAUCUUCAACUGGCUACUACUGAAUGCCCUAGCACCUACCUGUAAAACAGUAUAAAGAGCAUGAAUAAGAAUCCCAAAAAGUUAGAACUAAUUUGAAAACAGAUCUCACAAACACCUCACAUAUUUGCAGUAUUGUAGAGAGGACAGGUUGGUUAAGGAGAGAAAUUUAUUCCUUCACUGUAAAUGAAUCAUUUAUGGAAAGAACAUUCUUUCUGUUACGCUGACAAAUAGAACUUAGCAAAUGCAAGAUGCUUCUUAACUAAUUAGAGGCUUCACUGAUGCAUUUUUUUUAACAGUGGGGGAAGACAAAAUAAGAGGGCAUCCACAUGGCAGCUCCUUUCACAUCCGUUUGCUGUUUGUGGGCCAAACCAACAGUGAAGAAUGACAGCAAAGGAAUGAGAUGCACAAAAAGCAUUUUCCCCCUCUUCCAGUAUUUUAAAAGCAUUAUGAAUGGCAUAAAUUAUGCCGAUUCCCUGCUUUGCAAUGACAUACAUUGUAAUGCAUGCAGACAGUAGGAAGGAGGACUGUUGCAAUUAAUACACAGAUUGUGUUUAUCUUUUAUAAGCCAUUUUGAGCAUGUAGACAAGUAUUAUUUGAAAAAGAGAGCGAGAGAGCAAUGAGAAAGAGAGAAAGCAAACACUGAAUGCACCAUUUGAAACUAUUCCUUUUUUAAAAUGUCUGUCCAUGCCCUUGCUUCUUUAAAAACUGAAGCCAUUUAUAUGUAUGUGUAUGUUAAUCUGAGUCUGUCUUUCAUAUACAGGUAAGGUUUUGUUUUUGUAUUGCAAGUACCUUCUUCCCUAUUAUUAAAAAAACCUAAAAUAUUUGUUAUUUAAAACGUGUUAUCUGCUAUCCAUUUUCAUCUUUUAAGGCUUUGAUUGCCAUGACUUGUUUUAUAUUUGUUUUGAAAUAUGUGUAUCAGUGUAUUUGAAGAUAAAA